AUGAUCAAUUCUAUUUUAUCAAAUAAUAGUAAUAAUACUACCAACAGUAGUAAUAGCAUUAAAAUUUGUAAGGAGGAGGAGAAAGAUUUAACUUUACAAUCAUUAUUAAAAUGCUCAAGUGGCACCAUUCUAUUUAGCCAAUUUGGUGUUCUAAAUCAACAACAACAACAAAAAAAUAAUGAUAACAAUAUAGAUAAUAAUCAAUUAAUAAUUGAAAGUGUAAAUAACAGUAGUAUUUGUAUAAAUAAUAAAAAAUCAAAUGACAGUAUAUUUUUAAAUAAUAUUAACACACCAAAUAGUAGCAAUACAUCAUCAUCAAAUGAUAAUAGUUUAAAUAAUACAAAUCCCAAUUUAUUAUUAAGUAAUAAUAGUGUAUCAAUUAAUAAUGGUGAUGAAGAGGUAAUAAUAAAUGGUUAUAAUGAUGACAACUAUCCAAUUGAUGAAAAUUUUCUAGAUUUUAAUAAUGAUAGCAGUGGGGAUAAUGUAAAUAAUAGUUUAGAGGGAAAUGAAUUCAAUGAUGAUUCAUUAAGAAGAUCAUCUCAGUUUGGUAAUGAUGACGAUAAUAUAUCAACAUCAUCCGAAGACUCAGAAAAUAUUGAUGAAAUUUUAGUAUACACCGAAGAUAUCGAAUCAGAAAAAGAAAAAAGAAGAGAAAGAUUAAUAACUUCACCACCAAGUUUUGAUCCACAUACAAUUUAUUCAAUGUCUCAGUCAUUAUUAAAUUGUUCUUUAUCAUGUUCACAAGGUAGUAAUUCAAUUCAUAAUAGUGCAAGUAAUAAUGAUAUUGCACAUUCAUUAAAUAAUAGCAAUAAUAGUAUCAAUCAAUCAUUUUCAUCAUCAUUUCAAAAUCAACCUUAUUUUCCAAUAAAUAAUAAUAAUAGCAAUAAUUAUAAUAGUAGCAGCAAUAGUAAUAGUAUAAACUCUUCUGAACAACAUCCAUUAUCAUUACAACAUGUUUUACAACAACAAUUAGAAUCAUCAAAUCAAUUUUUCCCAAUUGUUAAUAGUAAUAGUAAAUCAUCAUCAAAUUUAUUAUUAAAUAGUUUCGGUAGUAGUAAUAGUGCUAGUAGUGGUUUAAGUAAUAUUAUGUUUUCACCAUUUUCUCCACCAUUUUCAACAUCGCCUCCAAUGUCCCCACCAAAUCGUAAUAUUAGAUCAAUGACUUUUCCGGGUACAUGUUCAUCCAACAGUAAUAAUAUUAUUAAUAAUAAUAAUGUUAUCAGUAGUUCAAACAAUUCAACAGUUAGUUUUAAUAGUAAUAAUAGUUUAAACAAUUCAACAUCAAAAAUAAAUCCAUUAAAUUUAAAAUCAAUUAGAAGAAGUACUGAUGAUACAACAUUUUAUAAUAGCCAACAACAUUCACCAUCCAAUAAUCAAAGAGUACAAUUAGAUGAAAAAACAUUAGAGCAAUUAAGAAAUAUAAGAAAGGAAAUUUAUGAAUUAAUCGAAAGAAAGGAAUCAUUAAAAGAAAAACAAAAUCUAAUUAAUGAAGGUUAUUCUGAAAAUUGUGAAAACUUUGAAAAUAUUGAAGAAGAAAUUUUAAAUAUCAAAUUAAAAAUAGAACAGCUCGAAGGUCAAUUAUUUACCUUGUCACCAAAUUCCGGAUGCAAUGCUUCGUCAACAAAUAAUUCAUGUAGUGGUAAUAGUAGUGGUGGUUUCAAUUUAAAUAUUAACUCCAGUAUUAAUAGUGGAAGUGGUAGUAGUCAUAUAUCACCAAGAUACAAUUCGUCCUCUUCUUUAACAAAUUCAUUAAGAAAAUUUUCACAAGAGCUAAAGUUAGAAUUAAGACCUUUAGAUUUAAGAGCCGAGCUUUAUAGCAAUACCAACCAUCAUGUCACUUCACCACGUAAAUCAUCAUUACGUGGGAGUCCAGUUUCAUUUUUUGAAAUUGAUGAUCAAAUUGAUACAGAAAUUUCAGAAAAGAAAAGUUUAGAACAAUUUGAAUCGCUUAUUGAAUUAAUUCAAGAGAAUCAAUUACACACCCGUUCAAUCGAGUUAAAAGAUUUAGAACUAAAAGAAAAGAUUGAUGUUGGCAGAACCAAUAAUAUCUGGCAGGUCGAAUAUAAAAAUACUUCAUUGGUAUUAAAGCAACCCAAAGAUUCAAAUGAUCCCAAAGCUAAAGAAAGAAAAGAGAUAUUGUUCAACCGUUACCAAUCAAUUCAACACAAGAAUUUAAAUUUAUUAGUUGGCUUUUGUGGUGAAAGUAUUUUAUAUGAAAGCUUUAAAGAUAUGACUUUGCUCUAUGACUUGCUACACAAAGAUCCAAUCAAAAUCGAUAUGACUUUAUUUAUGAAAAUUGCUAAGGAUGUCGCUACCGCUAUCUCAGAACUACAUUCAAAUGGUAUUUUACAUGGUAACUUAACAAGUAAAUCUGUAUAUAUUGAUAAAUUCCAAAUUGUUAAAGUAUCAUUCCCAAAAUUAAAUGCAUCAGAUUUAAAUAACCCUUCAAUUGAACCACGUUAUAUGGCACCAGAAAUUACUAAAAUGGAAACAGAUCAAAUAUCAAGCUCGAUCGAUGUUUAUUCAUAUGCAUUUGUUUUAUGGGAAAUGUUAACCAAUACCAUUCCAUUUAGAAAAUUCAAUGAUGUUUCUGUAGCUGCUAAGGUUGCUUAUGAAAAUUUACGUCCAAGAAUUCCAACAAGCUGUCCUUUAAUUGUUAGAAGAUUAAUCAAUCGUUGUUGGUCACCAAAUCCAUGUGAACGUCCAGCUUUUACUGAUAUCAUUAAGCUUUUUGAUCAUUUAGAAGGAAAACUAUUCUUUUCGUCUCCUGGUAUACUAUGGUCUUUAAAUCACGAUCAAGAAAUUGAAAAAGAAAAGCAAAAGAAAUUAAAGUUUGACGAAAUAACAGAAUUCCUCCGUGGUAAAAAAGAAAUAAAAUUUGAGGAGAUUGCAAUUUGUGAAAAGAUUGGCCAGGGUUCAUUUGCAAAUGUUUAUAGUGGUAUUUGGAACGGUUUUCGUUGUGCUAUUAAAAUUUUAAAGAAUGAAAAUCUAUCACAUAGCGAAAAAUUCAUUAAAGAAGUUGCAAGCCUUAUUCAAGCUCAUCAUCCAAAUGUCGUCAGUUUCUUUGGUGCUUGUGUUGAACCACCUUGUAUUUUUACAGAGUAUAUGGAAGGUGGCAAUUUAUAUGAAAUUCUUCAUGUUAAAAAAAUUAAAUUGGAUCGUUUAAUGAUGUUCAAAAUUGUCCAAGAUUUGGCUUUGGGUAUGGAGCAUUUGCAUUCAUUACCAUCACCAAUGUUACACCGUGAUUUAACAAGUAAAAAUAUUUUGCUUGAUGAAUUUAAAAAUAUAAAAAUAGCAGACUUUGGUUUAGCUACUUAUCUCAAUGACGAAAUGACUCUUGCUGGUGUUUGCAAUCCAAGAUGGAGAGCACCAGAAAUUACAAAGGGUUUAAAUUAUAACGAAAAAAUUGAUGUUUAUUCAUUUGGUUUGGUUGUAUACGAAAUAUAUACUGGAAAGAUUCCAUUUGAAGGUAUUGAUGGUUCUGCUGCUGCCGCUAAAUCAGCCUAUGAAAAUUAUAGACCAGAAAUUCCAAUUGACAUCCCAAUUUCAAUAAGAUUGUUAAUCACUAAAUGUUGGGCUGCACUUCCAGAUGAUAGACCAUCAUUCACAGAAAUCCUCCACGAAUUAACUUUAAUCAAACCAAAGAUCAUUAAACAAGUCAAUAUGUUUACAGAUUUAACAAAUGCAGAAAGUGAUGAAGAAGAUAAAAAUUUAAAUUAUGACUGUGAUGAAGAAAACUAAAUUUAAAUUAUUUUUUAAGAUAAUUCAAAUUUAAAUUAAUUUUUUUUUUAAAUUAAAAAAAAAAAAACUUGUAAAAAAUCAUUUUAAUAUCAAAAACUUUUAAUAAAUCGAUUUAUAAAAAAUAUAUAAAUAUAUAUUUUUAUAACUUUUAAUAAUAUUAUAAUUAUAAAUAAUUAUAAUUAAUUUUUUUAAAAAAAAAA